AUGGACUAUGAAGCACCAGCAGCGGUAGUACAGAGCUUCAGUGCUGCUCUUGCUGACCCUGCUCUUCAAGGAACUUCUCUUCCAUGGGGCAAGCACAAUCUCCAGGUUCUAAGACCCCAUCAUCUAACAACAGAAGAGCCCCUAACCUUCCAUUUGAUCCAGAUCUCCUCCUUUGCCAACCACAGCUGGGCACACACCCAGGGUUCAGGCUGGCUGGGUGAACUGCAGACUCAUCGCUGGAAUGGUGUUUUGGGCACUAUCCAAUUUCUGUGGCCCUGGUCCCGUGGUAACUUUAGCAAGGAAGAGUUGAAGAACCUCCAGGCACUAUUGCAGCUGUACUUGCAUGCCUUCCCUCGGGUGGUGCAGGCCUUUGCCAGUCAGUUUCAGUUUGAAUAUCCCUUUGAGAUCCAGAUAUCAUUUGGCUGUAGAAUGCAUGCUGGGAAGGCCUCAGGAAGCUUCUUAAAUGGGGCAUAUCAAGGAUCUGAUUUCUUGAGUUUCCAAGGAAAUUCCUGGAAGCCAUCUUCAGGAGCAGGGAGUCAGGCUCAGAAUGUCUGUAACGUGCUCAAUCACUAUAGAGUUAUUAAAGAAAUUGUGCAGAUCCUUCUCAGUGACACUUGUCCUCGAUUUCUGUCAGAUCUCCUUGAAGCAGGGAAGGCAGAACUGGAACGACAAGAGAAGCCAGAGGCUUGGGUGUCUAAAGGCCACAGCCCUGAGCCUGGUCAUCUGCUGCUGGUGUGCCACGUCUCUGGCUUUCACCCAAAACCUGUGUGGGUGAUGUGGAUGCGGGGUGAACAGGAGCAGCGGAGCACUCAACAAGGUGACAUCAUGCCCAAUGCUGAUGGGACAUGGUAUCUCCGAGUAACCCUGGAUGUGGCAGCUGGAGAGGUGGCUGGCUUGGCUUGUCGAGUGAAACACAGCAGUCUAGAAGGCCAUGAUAUAAUCAUCCACUUGGAUGGAUACUCCAUCCUCCUGAUAUUGAUCUGCUUGACUGUAAUAGUUACCUGGGUCAUGUUGGCCAUGGUUGGCUCAUGGUUUAAAAAACGGAGCUCAAAUCAGAAUAUCUGCUCUCCUUAUGUACCCAGCCCUGCCUUUUCCACAGAAGUCAACACCCAAGACUCCAGGAAUUCAGGAAAUCACCUCUGCUUGGUAAAGAAAUCAUGGCUCAAAAGCAGAUUCUUGAAGAAAUGGAAAACAAGCCUAAACCAACUCUGAUGACAUUUGUUUUACCUUGUACAUAAAAUUCUUGUCUGCUUCUUCUUAAACAGGGUGCAUACCAAUAAGCAAAACGUGAUUUUGUUAAAAUAGCUUAUUCUGUAAAGAGAUUCUAACUCCUUUGAAAAUCUGUCCCCCAACCCCAUCUUCCAGCAAUCUCUCUUCUGCUUUGGCCACAUGUUCCCCACUAUUAAUCUUUCAUACUCCGUUUCAUACACUUAUUUCUCCCCUGGAUUGCUCAAUUGAAAUCGCUUAUGUUCUCUUCAGAUCUUCCUAAAUACAGUCAUCUCUUCCUACUCUAAACAGUAGUUUAGGUUUUUGCUCUUCUUCUUCUACUUCUUCUUCUUUUUUUAAAUCUCAAUUUCUU